AUGGCUUCGAAACACUACUAUUUUCUGCUUGUCGUCGUCGCCCUUCUGCUCUCCUCAUACCUCGUGCUCGUCAAAUCUGAUGAUGAUUGUACGGGUAUCGCUUGCACUGAUGAAGAAACCUGCUUCGAGGCCUGUGGCUCAUCUCCUAUUGUCCGCUGCGUAUCUGGCAUCUGCUGCUGUGUUCAUGUUGCAACAACUACAGCUGUUUGUUUGAAGGAGGCAAUCGACUCUUUAUUUGCUAAGUAUGGUUUGUCGGUGGCGAGAUUGAGGGUUCAAGGAUAUGAUGGUGCUUCAAAUAUGUCUGGAGAAUUUAAUGGCUUAAAGUCACUGAUAAUGAAAGAAAAUCUGUAUGCAUUGUAUGUUAUCGAUAUUAUUCUACAGGAGAUAGAUAGUCGUUUCUCUGAAACAACUACAGAUUUGCUGAUUUAUAUGUCAUGCAUUGAUCCUUGGAACUCGUUCUCUAGAUUUGAUGUACAGAAGUUAGUGCGUCUGGUUCAUUUUUAUGAGGAUGAUUUUUCUUGGAAUGAGCGUAUGUUGGUUGAACAAGAGCUUGAAACAUAUAUUGAUGACGUCAGAUCAGAUGAACAGUUUGAAGGCAUUUCAGAUUUGGGAGCUCUUACAAAGAAAAUGAUUGAAACAAUGAAGAACCGUGUGUUUCCUUUGGUUUAUCGGAUACUUGAGCUAGCUUUACUUCUUCCAGUUGCUACUACAACCGUUGAAAGAGUGUUUUUGGCAAUGAAUAUUGUCAAAACAAGAUUGGAGAUGAAUGGAUGA